AUGAGUUUUAAAGGUAUUAAAAAGUCAAUAGUUAGAGCACCACAAACAUUUCGUCAAAAGAUGAAAAUGGGUGAAAUAACCCAUGAUCCUGUUUAUCAAGAUGCUGAAAGAAGAUUCAAAGAAAUUGAAAUUGAAACUAAAAAGUUAUCUGAUGAAUCAAAGAGAUAUUUUGCUGCUGUUAAUGGUAUGUUAGAUAAUCAAAUUGAAUUUUCAAAAGCAAUUGAAGAAAUUUAUAAACCAAUUAGUGGUAGAUUAUCCGAUCCAAAUUCUACUGUACCAGAAGAUAAUCCACAAGGUAUUGAAGCUUGUGAAAGUUAUAGAGAAGUUGUUAAAGAAUUAAAAGAAACUUUAAAACCAGAUUUAGAAUUAAUUGAAAAAAGAAUUGUGGAACCAGCUCAAGAAUUAUUAAAAGUUAUUCAAAAUAUUAGAAAAAUGGCAACAAAACGAGACCAUAAACAAUUAGAUUUAGAUCGUCAUAAACGAUCAUUUACAAAAUAUGAAAAUAAAAAGGAAAGAUCAGCAAAAGAGGAAGAAAAAAUGUAUUCUGCAGAAGCUGAAGUUGAAGUUGCACAACAAGAAUUUGAUUAUUAUAAUGAUUUAUUAAAAUCUGAAUUACCAAUUUUAUUUCAAAUGCAAGCAGAUUUUAUCAAACCUUUAUUUGUUAGUUUCUAUUAUAUGCAAUUGAAUAUUUUUUAUACAUUAUAUAAUAGAAUGGAAGAAUUGAAAAUUCCAUAUUUUGAUUUAACAACUGAUAUUGUUGAAGCUUACAAUUAUAAAAAAGGAAAUGUUGAAGAACAAACCGAUGCUCUUGGAAUAUGCCAUUUUAAAGUUGGUCGUGCUAAAUCUAAAUUAGAAAUGGCAAGAAGACAUCAAUCGCAAACUACUUCUGGUAAUGAAUUACCAGGAUAUUCACAAGGUGGUUAUAAUCAACCUUAUGGAGAUUCUAAAAGUCCAACUUCUCCACAAUCAACAGGAUUUAAUCAACAACCACAAUAUGGUCAACCUCAAUAUGGUCAACCUCAAUAUGGUCAACCUCAAUCUGGUCAACCUCAAUAUGGUCAAGCUCAAUCUGGUCAACCUCAAUAUGGUCAACCUCAAUCACCUCAUUCAUAUGCUUCACCUGGAAUGUCACCACAAGGUACAUUUAAUUCAUUACCAGCUUAUUCACCACCUACUCCACAAAGUGCUCCUCAAACAUGUACAGCAUUAUAUGAUUAUACAGCACAAGCACAAGGUGAUUUAACAUUUCCUGCUGGUGCAAUUAUUGAAAUUAUAGAUAGAACAGAAGAUGUAAAUGGUUGGUGGACAGGUAAAUAUAAUGGAAGUACAGGAUUAUUUCCUGGUAAUUAUGUCAAAUUAUAA